AUGGAAAAUGCUUCAACAAUUUUCGUGUUUUUUCUUUCAGGUUUGAAUGAAACAAGUCGGACUCACAGAUCAGCUCUUUUCUUCUUCUGUUUGCUGUGUUACUGCAUAACCAUCCUUGCAAAUGUUUCUCUCAUUCUAAUCAUCAUUUUGGACAAAACAUUACAUGAACCAAUGUAUAUUCUACUCUGUGCUUUUUGCUUCAAUGCACUCUAUGGAACAACAGGUUUCUAUCCUAAAUUCCUGUGGGAUCUGCUCUCUCCUGUUCAUAUCAUUUCUUAUUCAGGGUGCCUUUUUCAAACUCAGGUGUUUUACUCCUUUGCCUUCAGCGAUUUCUCAAUCCUUGCCUUCAUGGCAUAUGAUCGGUAUCUGGCUAUUUGUCAUCCACUGGAUUACCAUUCUAUCAUGUCAAUGAAAAGAGUGAUUUGGAUGACAUGCUCUCUUUGGUUAACAUCCUUUUUUAUUAUUGGAGUAAACAGCCUUCUGACAUUUAGACUGAAGCUAUGCAGUCCAUACAUAAACAGACUUUUCUGUGUAAACUGGAGCAUCGUGUCACUGGCAUAUUUACCGCAGGCUUUGCAGAAUUUUAUAGCAAUGGAGUUUCUUGUUGUUCCUCCCCUCAUGAAUCCGCUCAUUUAUGGCUUUAAGCUGCCUCUCCAGGUUCAGAUAUUGGGGCGGUAUGGUCCUACUCCCUCCCCCUGCAGCAGAAGAAGCGGGCCGUCAGCAGCAGCAGCAGGCUGUGAACACCGCAGUGCUUGCUACAGCUCAGCCUGCUCUCCGUGUUCGCCUUUCUUCCUCAGCAGCGUCGACACGGAGGAAAACAGACGUCCAGCCGGUGGUUUUCACCCUAAACACAGGAGGUCUGAAAACCCCGCUUCUCCUUUUCCUGUCCGCCCGCAGUUGCAGGUUGGAGCAGUGGUCAGCACUGUUGGCAACAAGAAGGUCCCAGAUUUGAAUAUUGGUUGUAGCCCUAGGUGCAGUGUGUGGUGUAAAUAGAACGGGAUUCAGAAGAUAAACUUGCUGGUUUCACUGCUGAGGACCCACUAGAACGGUG